UGAACACCAGUCGGAGCUGAGGCGACAGAAGGAGAAGUAUCCGUUAGAGAGUGGAGAGAAGGUUUUAGAGAGAGUGAUAAACUCUUCUCCAAAGCCAAAGUCAGCGAUAUGGUCAUGUAAUGCAACAAUACCAAACUCAACUCAAAGGUUGUUCCCCGUUCACCCCUUUCGUCUCCCUCUUCGUACUCUACAGAUAUCUCUAGGCUCUAUUCUACUAUUCUUUCAUGUUCCGUGGACAAACGAGGUUUUUUUUUUUAGGCAAUAACAUGGUAAUCUUGAGGUUUAAUGUGUCCUGUUCUUUUUUGGUUUAUGCUUAUGAAUUGAUUUGAUUGGUGUGGUACUAAUAAGUUGCUGAUUUUGGGGAAUGUGGUUUGUAAUUUGGGGUUUUAUUGGUUUGAUUAGCCAAUCUCUAAGGUUUUGAUUGGUGGUUUGGUGAAUCUUUGCUCUUUCUUCAGUCGUACAAUAAAUCUAAAGAGAGGGUUUGGUUUUUGUCAUUCUAGUUUACAAUGCAUCUUUUAGUUCUGGGCCAAUCACCUAUCUCUGUCUUUUUGUUUAGCAAAUGUAUCCCGUCAUUGUUAUUGUCCUUAAUUUGUUGAGAUGGACUGUCUCUGGAGUUUCGAUGCUAUUUUACAUAAAGAUAAUAGUAUUGUAGAAAAAAAAAGUGUUGCAGCAUUUUUAUUUAUUAUUAUUUUUUAUCGGUACUGUUGCUACAGUGUUUUGUUAGGUUAUGAAAUCGCUAGGAAGUCCCUUUCGGCAACAAAUGUGGUACUAUUCAAAUUGCAACAAAAGUUACAAAACAGGUGUUUUGCUUUGCUACAAUACACUACCCACAACGGAAAACACCAAACAAAAGCAGUUGUCAAAUAGGCCCUUAGCUGUCUAUUUGGAUCUGUUUCCCCCUUCAUGUUUUCUUGAUUAAAUACGAGUUCAAAAUUUAAAAUUCUUAAACAGGGUUGGGACUAGGAAUAAAGAAAAGGAAAGAAGCAUAUAAAGUUAACAUUUUCCCCUUACUUUCCUUCUUGUUAUCUUUUUGUUUUCCAUGUUUACCAAACAAGAGAAAGUGAUUUACAUUGCAUUGUCUUUUUGUUUCCCUUAUUAAAUCUGUCAAUCAAAUGGAGUCCUUAUUUGGUGUCAUAAUUUCCUUCAACCCGUGUGGAAAGUAUAUUAUCAAAUUUCUUUGUUGAUGGCUUAGAGAUUACUUGAUGUUGUGAUCCAUUUAGAUGUAGUCUUUCUUGUCUAAAUUGAACUUUUAAAUUUCUUAUUUCUUUUGUUUUUUCUCCACCCAAUGCACAAAUUUAUAUUUAUUAAACUAAAAUAAGAUCAGUGUUUGAUUCUCGAAUGAUAUGCGGAAGUUUGCUGACUAUACAUACAUAAAAAAAACUUCCUGAAUACAUACAUAAAAAAGCAAACUCGUGUGUAUUUUCAUGUUUGUCAUAGCAUUCAAUGUGUAUUCCUAAAUAAUAUCAUAUAUCCACUAAAAUAAUAAGGACAAUACCAAUUUAUUGCUUUCCGUGUGAGUGGCUUCUAUACUUUUUCUAUGUUUUAUCCUUGAUGUUGAAUGCAUAGAAUUGCUUAAAUGGAAGAUCAGCAGGACAUAAGUAAAUGCACUCUGCAGUUAUGGAAUCUAUGGUUGAAGUUGAUGCUGUGACCAAAAUAUAAUGAAAUCGGAGGGUGCAUUACUAUGUUCAAUCUGUUUUUUAUCUCCAGUUAUGAUUUUCUUUUUAACUAUUGAUAUUUAAAUUUCCCUGCAUUUUGGCAUGAGUAACUAGAUCGAUACACAGGGACAUGCUGAAAGCUGAUGGAGAAGAGGAUACUUUUGAUGCUAUAAUUUUAUUUGGAAAGUAUGUUUGUGUUGUUUUUCAUUGAUAUUGUUUUCAGAAUGUCCUAUGCAUACUAGGCACGAGAGGACUAGAUGAUGGAGCAUGCCUUCAAAAAUCUUAUGUCCCAUUCUGUAUUGUCUAUGACCUAGUUAUGAAUAUCAAAGUAGGCGAGUCUUAAUCUUGGAAGUUCUUAUAUCCUGCAACAUAAUAUUGAAUGAAAUGACUUUUAAUAUCGUAGUUGUUAAAUUUACUUUCUUGGUGGUCAAUCUAUAUUUUCUAUGACCUAGUUAUAGAUAUGAAAGUAGACCAGUCUACAUUGUAAGUUCUUAUAUCCUGCAACAUAAUACUGAAUGGAGUGACUUUUUAUAUCAUAGAUGUAAAAUUUACUUUCUUGGUGGUCAUUUUCUUAUGAGCACGUGUUGCUGCAAUUGUUAGCUUCUAGAAAUUAAAAAAUAUAUGUAUGUACUCUUCAAGAUACCAGUUAGUGAGUCACAAAAGUUAUGUUAGAAUUUUAUCAUUAUGUUCAAGCAGCCUCCUAGAUGUUUAUUUGUUAUGAUUGUUGCUUAAUCCAAUUAUCCCUUUAGAGUGUGAUUGAUGAUAUUAUACCAAUAGGAAAACACAUACAUUUAUGCACCCAUCAAUCUUUUCCGCAAGCCUUGUAGGGAAGAAUUUGGGUUGUCUUCAUUAAACUUGCCUUUUUCCUCUUGGUGUGUGUCUUUUACUUGCUUUGAAGUAAGCUCAUGUACUUUUAACUGCUGUCUAGUAAAUGGAAAAACAUGCAGAAGUAAGAUCAUAUAUUCUACUAAAGGCCUUGGCAAGAAGAUACCUCAGGAAGCAGCAGGUGAUCUAUGUUUACUUGGGCUUAUGAUUUAUCAUUCAUGUUUAGCAGCUUGCCAAUGAUUUACCUAUUGCAUAAUUGUAACCAGACCUAGCUUAACAAUAGUUUUCUAGUGUAAAGAAAAUGGGAAUAACCAAGAUAUAUAAAUUAUGUAGUAGAGCUGAUUUGUUUGUGUUUCAUUGUGCUUCAAUUGAUGGCACCUCGAUUGCACUCUUGGGAUGACUGAUGGUAAGUUGCCCGUCUUCCAGAGACUUAUAAACUGAAAUUUUUUAAUGGCAUUGAUACUUGCUACUUUUGGCAAAAUGUCAUAACUUAAUUUUCACACUUAUAAAAAAAGGUCAUAUUUCAUUUUUAGCAUCAGUUAUUAACUGGUUUCAGUUAGAGUGAGUUUAUCAUAAAAAGGAAAAGAACUACUUCUAAAAAUUCAAAAAUACUGAUGUUUUGGUUUAGUUUGUUGUGGGUUCACACUAUGCUAAUUUGCUUUAGAAGUUAGAGAUUUUUGCAGUAGAAAGUGAAUGAAACUGGCUGGGGUUGCCGAAAAUUUGACCUGUUUUUCAAAUUUUUCUAUUUUUAUGAUUUCUUUUUUUUUUUUUUUUUUUUUUUUUACUUUGGAAUGUUAACUUGUUACUGAAUUUGGAUGUUGAUAUUUGAGCAGGUUUAGAUGUGGUUGAUAUUGAAGAUAAGGUUUCUUCACAUGAGGUCACCGAUACUGAACCAAAAGUCUUGCUCCAAAGUCCAGAGUGGUUGUCGGUAUAUCUUACUGACACGUGCGAGUGAAAACAAUUUCAGAAAGCAACAAAUAGCAGCAGUUCCCAGGUGCGGCGUUCGGCGGAAAAAUAUUUAUAUUGAAACAUCUAACAUCUAUAUUUAUACAUAUUAUAUAUGUUCACACGCAUUCCUUAUAUGAAGAAUCAAAAUCAGACUGAACUACCCAAACGUAAAACAUUAAUAAAUGUGUAAACUAGUCUAAGCCAUCAAUAAAAAACCAUACCCUCAUUGCAUCAACCAUUAACAAAUGUUCCCUUUAAACCAUACACAUGGACCUUCCAUGUCCCCCUUUCACACCCCUUAUAAGAUCCCCCACAAGCCCCACUCCUCCCCCUCCCCAGCCAUCCAUACCUCAAGCAACUCCCUUAUUAGCACCAUUUCCCAGUGUGCCCGUGUGUUCACUAUUAUUUUUAACUCUCUCUCUCCUCUCUAUAUAUACACACACACAAACGCACGCACGCUAUACACACACACAUACAUAUCUAAUGGCAACUAGCACUGGCUCCCCUUGUGGUGCAUGCAAAUUUCUCCGGCGAAAGUGUGCCGUGGAUUGCAUUUUUGCGCCAUAUUUUUGCUCAGAACAUGGUCCGGCAAGAUUUGCAGCGAUUCACAAGGUAUUUGGCGCUAGUAAUGUAUCGAAAUUGUUACUUCAUGUCCCCAUGCCUGAUCGUUGUGAAGCAGUUGUGACACUUGCUUAUGAAGCUCAAGCCAGGAUUAGAGAUCCAGUUUAUGGUUGCGUCGCCCAUAUAUUUGCCUUGCAACAACAGGUGACAUGCUUGCAAGCGCAACUGAUGCAGUUGAAGGCUCAGCUGGCACAAAGCCCCGUUGAUUCACAGAAUGUAGGAAAUCAGUGGGCUGGGAAUAUGGCCGGAAUGCAAUCGUUUCUGGGUUAUCCAAGUUACAUGAACUCUGUAUCACCUCAGAGCUCGCUCGAGUCGGUUGAUGUUUGCAUUGAUGGAAUGGGAAUGCAAGAAAUAGAAAGCAGGGAGGAACUUUACACCAAGAAGAGACCUUCACAGUGUGAGUUGGGUGAGCUUCAAGAACUGGCCCUAAGGAUGAUGAAGAAUUGACCAUGGUGUUCUAUACCUUGAUGAUGUGUAUAUAGAAGCUCUGGAGAAACUUGGGAUUAUAAUGUUACAAGCCUGAAUUAGGCAUUUCAUUUGAAGUAUCAAAAAAUCAAUUGCAGAAUGCCAACCAACAACUAGGAUGUUGAAAUUUGGAAACUCUCUCUCUCUCUGUGUGAGGAGUAGUUUAGUUACUUUAGUACUUAAUGAGCGACAAUAAUUAGAAGCACACUCUGUGUUUGACAUUUCAAAAGGAAAACAUUGGAGUUUGGAUCAUCUUGAAUUGUUUUCUGUUUUUCACAUAAUAUCAAGUUCAGCUCACUCUCUCUCA